AGGAAUAAGGCUUGUAUAUUAACUAUGUAGAAAUAUUUACGAAGUUUUUAUAGCCGCUAUAGAUCUUGUAAUAAUCGUUUUAUAGUGUUUUGUAUCACUGUCACUGACAGCAUAUGCUGACAGUGACUAUCCUAUCACUAGUCACGCCUGGUAUCUGCCACAAGUCUAACAACAUGAAUCCUCUUAUUUAUGUAGCAGCUGCUGUUGUAGUACUUAUUGUAAUUAUUAUAGUUUCAAGGAUAAUAUCAAGAUCAUCAAAUAAAGAGGCAGCUGUGCCACGACAGCGAGUCCUACCUGCACAAAGAAAUGAAGCCGUUCCUCCAGCUGCUCGUCGUAGACGUAAUGUGAGAGGUCGCCUGCACGAUGGCCGACAGGAAGAUGCAUCGGAUGAAGACGGAUUCGAUUUAGACGGUGCUGAGCAGGAGGAUGACGACUAUCUCGCAUACGCCGGCGCCACCGAUGGCAAGAUCGGUGCAAAGAAGCGUGCGAAGCUGGAAGCCAAGGCCGACCGGGCGAAGCAGAGAGAGGCCGAGCUAGAGGACAGGGAGGAAAAGAAACGCCAGCAAGAGGUACAGGAGGAAAAGCGCAAGCGUGGGGAAGCAAGAAGGAAGCUGGAGGAAGAAGAAGCAGAGGAGCAGGCGCGCAUCGAGAGGGAGGAGCAGGAGAAGAAAGAGCACGAGGAUUACCUCGCUAUGAAGGAGUGCUUCACGGUGGACACGGAAGGCUUUGACGAGCAAGCGCCUGAUCUAGAGUCUCAGUCAUUGCUCGAGGAGUUUGUAAACUACAUUCGAAGGAUGAAGGUGGUUCAGUUAGAGGACUUGGCUGCUGAAUUCAGACUGAAGUCACAGGAAGCCAUCGAUCGUGUGCAGGCGCUGCUGGACAGUGGCGACCUCACAGGGGUUAUUGACGAUCGCGGCAAGUUCAUCUACAUCUCUGAGGAGGAACUUCAAGCAGUUGCCAAAUUCAUCCACCAGAGGGGGCGAGUGUCGAUUGCGGAGUUGGCCAAAUCCAGCAAUAAGUUGAUUAAUUUGGUUCCCGAGAUAGAUUCCAUGCAAGCUAGUUCGUAACAAAUUUACAGGGUAUGCAGAUCACAUAGACUUGGGUCAGGUGAAGAUUUAAUUGACAGGUAUUUUUUCUAUUAUUCAUGGUUUUGUGUAAUCUGGUUUAAUGUAUUCUCCCAUGUAUGUCCACAGGUCCCUAUUAUCCAACACGAACCCCCAAUGCGAGCACCGAAGGUGUGAGAAGGUAGGACGCACAAUUUCACGACUUUAUCAAAUCGGACCUUUUUUAGAAAAAAAUGUAAAUGUUUUAAUUAAAAUACAUGGGCAUACACGUUCUUAGUUUGUAUUGUUGUCUCCGGCGUCUUUGGUUGAACUGUCAAUCAUGUUCUACAGCGUAUAUAGCAUAUAUUCCAUAUUUGUGAGAAAUUAACAGUUACCACACGUAAAAAAAAUGGCUGCCUUUAAUUUUAUUCAAUCAGGUGGCGGCAUUACAUUCAGCUCGAAAUCGUCGCGAAAUAUGUCAUCACUAUGACUGCCAUUGAACGUGUGGGAAAUGUUAAUUUUUUACUGGCAACGGAUUUUACUCUCCUAACGCUGUCAAAUAUCAUCGACAGUGAAAACAUAUACAGGGGAGGUUAGUACAACAAAGUAGUAAUACGGGUAUGUGCAUAUUUUUAUUGAGAAUCAAAAACUUUCAUUGAUAUCGGACAUUCGUGAAAUUGUGCGUCCUACCUUCUCACACCUUCGGUGCUCGCAUUGGGGGUUCGUGUUGGAUAAUAGGGACCUGUGUAUAUGUCUACCUACUGCAAACAGAGACUACACUUAAAUUACCGGUACAACUAAACCGACCAGGCUCUCCGACUGUUACACGGCGUAGUACACCUCUCGCAAAUGUAGUGUUAAGCGAGAAGGGAACUUGUGGCUACGGUACAACAUGUCAGAUACUACAGAAAUGUCAAUUACACAUUGUGUAAAAUUAUACUCAUUUGAAUUAUUGUUAUUUGUAUAUACCCAUUUGUUAUGUCAACAUUGGUGCAAAAUAAAUAUUAUUCUAAUACAUGAAA